AUGCCGACACCAGUCAGCCCGGCGCACAAGAAGGGGAUUGAGGAAGACGCGGCCUCCCCCGCACGCUGCCGCACACCAUCCACCGCCACCGACUGGCGUUUGGACGCCGGCAGGCUGCCAGAGUCCCGCACGCCUGCCGCCGUCGCUGCUCCUCUCCUCCGCGCCGUCCGCCGCCCGCCCGCGCUGGCGCUCAGCCGCCUGCCCGCGCUCCCGCCCGCGCCCGCGCCCGCGGCCUGCCCGCGCUCCCGCUGCUCCUCUUCUCCGCGCCGCCCGCCCGCCCGCUCCUCCUCCGCCGCUUGUCCGCGCCGCCGCCACCCCCUCCUCCCGCGCGCCCGCCCGCUCUCCGGCCUGCUCCCGCCGCCCGCGCCCGUCGCCUCCUCCUGA